AAUCGAAAAUAAGAGAAUAAAUUUUUCGAUUUAUCGAUAGGAUACGUUUGCCUCUGCUGAGUUUGCAUAGAAUGACAGUUCUACAGGCAAGUAGUGUGCGCAACUCAGGCCAUUCUGAUUAUCCACUUUUUUUACUGAUGUCACCGACUGCGUAUUAUGGAUAAUAAAUGGAAACCGAUUUGCCAAGAUAUAUGUACUGAUUGAAGACACCUAAUGCAAAGUGAUUCUUUCUUCACGCGGAAUGACAGUGAUUCACUCUACAACAAAAUUCUAAAAUUACGUCGUACAUUUCGUUCUAACGGAUACCAUUAAUGGAAUCGUAUUUACCAUUAUCAGAAGUUGGAUAGGAAUGUUCAUUCAAUGACUUCAGAAUUGGCGUAGCUAACAUUAACGACGCAAUGGAAAAAUUUGCUGUUGAUUUGGACAAGGUUUUGGACGAUUUUGAAUUUAACGAAGACUGUGCAGAGCAAAUAGCAUCUGAUAAUCUUUCAACAAACAAUGCGUCAUCUUCUUCAGUUAAAUGUAAUCUAGAACCUUCAGCUUUAAAAGGUUAUAAUUAUCUUCUAAUAGAGCCUAAAAAAGCUAAUAAAGAAUUUGAUAUUAUAUUACCUGUAGAAAGGCAUAAAGACUUGCAACAAAUAAACACAAAAAACAAACAUAUUAAUGAAAGUGAUAUAGUUUCUGAGAAUCUUAAUUAUAGUACAGAACAGACAACAAUAGAAAAUACAGAUGUAAAUCAGUUUUAUACACAAGAAUGCACAAACGAUAAUAAGUCAAUACAAAAACAAUCUGUUCCAUCUUAUGAUUCUGAACAGGUUUCUUUAGCAAUAUAUAAUGAUAUAUCGCAAAAGGUAAUACAAAAACAACAAAAUAGUAACAACAGCCCAAAGAUUGACAAUAGGUAUGAUAAGAAAUUGAACCAGUCUAAUCUGAAACCUAGUGUUAGUAACGUUUUCAGCAGUUUGAAUGAGUACAUUAAUGCUCCACCUGGAAGUUCAGAUUGCAUUCAUUCCGUAUUAAAUGAUUCAGAAAUACAAUCUGAUUUAGAGACUAAGGUACCUCAGAUAAUUCAGAGCAGUGCUAAAGAUAGUGAAGAAAGUAUACCACAUAAACAGACAGUUGAUAUACCUGAUCCAACUAGAGAAAUUCCUGUUUCAAGCUAUCAGGAUGCCACAAUACCCAUAACGGUAGAAUUACCAGUUACAUAUGAAACUAACAUUAAAGAGGAUGUAAAAAACGUUCAUGUAACAAAUUUCAAACCAUUGGAAAGCAAAACAGACCUUCCUGAAAAAGUUGCUUGUAUUGAAGCAGUAAUAAGUAAUAAAGCAGAAAUUAAAAAUGACAAAACACAUAACUAUAAUUCUGAUAGGAUAGAUCAGGAAAAAAAUUCUAUGCUUGAGUGUACUUAUAUACAAGAUGGUUAUUAUGAAAAUGAGUCUACAACACAAUUGCAAGAUAAUGAAAGUAAAUUAAACGUGAAAAAUAUUGGUACAAGUGAGGAACAUAAGAGCAGCUUAAAUUCAGUAUGUAAGCCAAUUGGAUUUAGUAAUAUUGAUAAUUUAUCAGAGGAUGAAUUGACUAAAUAUUUAGCCGAAUUAGAAGAAGAGGAGAAAUUAAGGGAAAGCUGCAAUAAAUAUGAAAAUAUUACAAAUACAGCACAGAAUGUUUCUCAAGAUCAAAAAGAUAAAAAUAAGCAAAGUGUCCAAGUUUUUCCAGAUACUUCUGUAGAAUCUCGCAAAAUGAUAGAAUCAGAAUUAAAUGAAAGGAUAGAAAACAUUUCAGUAACUGACUGUCAGGAAAAGGAAACGGAUAAAGAAUUAUUAAAUAAUGCAUUAAUGAAGCAAAAUGUACAACAAUCUGAUGAUCGAUUAAAUGAAGACAAAUUAAAUAAACACACAGAUAUUUUAAGUAAUCCAAGUAAAGAAUUAAAAUUGUUGCAUAGAGUUAAUGUAGCUAAAGAUGAUAAAAUGAAAUUAGAAAAUGAAUGCGUGCCUGAUACAAAAGAUAUUGAAGACAGCCAAGAACAUCCUACGUAUAAUUUAAAUACUAAUCAAGGAUCACUAAAUGAUAGCAGAACUGAGAUACAAUUAAAAGAGCAGAAAGGAAAUUCUACGCAAUAUAAUCAAGCUUGUGAAUUAAAAAUGCCAAGCGAUAUUGAUAAUAUUUCGGAAGAAAGAAUUUCAACGACAUCUGAGCUAAAUACAUUAAUUGAUAUGACAAAACAUAAUGAUGAUGUAAUAUCUACAUCUGUGGAUGUUUAUGCAAGACCAAAUGUAAGUGAUACUGGCAAUGAUUCAGAGAAGCCAGUACGUCCCCAAACAUUGGAUAUUGUUUUGUCAAACAAUAGCACAGAACAUCAAGUACUUGGUUCUACAAGUGAUACACCAUCUUAUCAAGUUCAAUCAGAUACUGAUGGUAUAAAAGAGGAGCAAGGAUCUUCGCCGGAUAUUUUAGAGAAUUCUUUACCGGAAUCUGGCUCAGUUCUGGGAAAACAACCACCAUUCUGGGUUCCAGAUAGUGAUGCUCCUAGUUGUAUGCUCUGUGAUGUUAAGUUUACCGUUAUCAAAAGACGACAUCAUUGUCGGGCAUGCGGAAAAGUGUUAUGUAAUAAAUGUUGUAAUAUGAAAUAUAAAUUAGAAUAUCAAGGAAACAUUGAUUCACGCGUUUGUGUUUCUUGUUAUCAGCUUCUUACUAAAGCUGAAACAGAACAGGGAGAAUGGUCCUCUGGUUAUUCCACAUGUAUGAAUAAUAAUGAUAUCAAUUCACCCCAGGGGAGACAGCCUAAUCCAAAUAAUCCCAUGGAGUACUGUUCAACUAUACCACCCUUGCAACAGUUAGCUGGCGGCUUGCCUCCACCUCCUACGGUUAUGGUACCUGUUGGAGUCCUUAAAAGGGAAGAUGGUACAAAGAGUCGGCCUGAAAUUUCAAAAUCUGUUAUGUUCAGUGAUGGAAUAAGGCCUGGCUGUGACCUGACAGAACUAGACAUGUCGUGGGAUUUGAAACCACCAUACCGGAAAUCUGGUAGUAAGAGAAUACCAACACCUGGCUCAUCUGCACCAAGUACGUCUGUCAAGAAACAGAACCUACCACGUUUUGACCCAAAUACAGAAAGUUAUGUGCCACAAGACCCUAAUGCACUUCCACCAACAGUAACGAUACAUAAAGGACAGGUAUCAUAUCAUGCUGUAACGGACGAGAAUCUUCUAUACAAAACGCUGAAAAAUGAAUGUGAACCACCUGUUAUGUUUGCGAUUAAUCGAAAUCUCUAUGCGUAUGUCAAAAUAGUAACUUUAAAUUGUUGUGUUAAUAAAACAUGUUGGAAUGUAACUUCGAAAGGAUUGGAUUGCGUCGGACAAGAUGAAAUUAUACUAUUAAUCGAGGUACUACCUGAUGAAACCCGGGUUCCUAAGGAUCUGCUCCUUUUUAUUAACCAAUUACGUCUCGAAGCUAUGAAAGGAAACAUUGUGUCCGAAUUGGGAUUUUUAAUAUACCAGGGAGGAAAUUUCUUGGAUUCUCGGGAACAUGCAGGGUUCUUGUUUAUUCGACAAACAUCGCAAUGCUUGCAAAAAAUUAUAUUACCUCCUGGCCCGUACCUAUUUGGCCUCCUAGUCCACAGGUGGGAAACACCAUGGGCGAAAGUAUUUCCGUUACGCCUUGUCUUACGACUGGGCGCAGAAUAUCGUUACUAUCCGUGCCCGUUGUUCUCGGUUCGGUUUCGGGAUGCAUUGUACUUUGAAAUAGGACAUACAGUUAUGAAGGUUUUAGCGGAUUUCAGAAAUUUUGCGUACACGUUACCAAGUGUGAGGGGACUAACAAUUCACUUAAGAAACAGAAUGACGGAUGUAAUGUUUCCGAGAAAUCGAUAUGAUCAAGUGAUCAAAGGUUUAAAUAAUUCGAAUGAUCAUGUAUUAGCAUACGCUUCAAAUUUUAGUAUCGCCGCUGACUCACAUUUAGUCUGUAUACAAACUAACACCGGUGAUGAAAGCACUUAUCAAACGCAAGCCAUAAGUAUCAAUAAUAAUCCAAGAACAAUAACAGGUACUAGUUUUAUCGUGAUAAACGGAGCAUUGAAAUCAUCGAUGGGUUUGUCAGCGAAAUCUAGCAUAGUUGAGGAUGGAUUAAUGGUAGAAAUAAUGCCAGAGAAAAUGGAAGCCUUGAAAGCAGCUCUAAAAAAUAUGCAAGACUUUUCGAUCGGAUGUGGUCGACAAGGAGCACCCGAGCCAGAUGAAACAGUGAACAUAAAGUGGGUCGAUAAUGACGUGCAAUUCAAUGUGGGGGUAAAAAGUCCUAUUGAUAGACGACCUAUGGAUGGUAUUCCUUCAAUCCGAAUACACAAUGGUAUUGAUUAUAAAGGAACGAGUAGAUUUAUACGAUGGACAGAAGUAUUUAUCAUUAAUUCCGAUGAUCAUCCGAAUGGUGUUCAUGAUCCGGUGGAUAUAAAUAAAUUAUCAGGAAAUAUAGCGAAAGCAACAUGUACAGCCUUAGUGAAGUUAUUGGACUUAUUAGCCAAUGCUGGUUUAACAAAGCUUGGUGUAAGAACAACUAUUCAUCCUGACAAUGUUGGUUAUGAAGCCGGUAGCGAAGGUAUGAAAUUGCCUCCAAUCUACAUGAAGAGUUUAGACAACGAAUUAAUUCAAGUUCUGCAUAAAGCAGCGCAAAGUAGUCAAGAUACGCAUAUUGUGCUUGAAUUAAUUUUUUACAUACUCGAUGAUUGAAACCUUGCUCCGUUCGCUCCUGUUUUGUUAACGAUUUUAUUAAUAUAACAUAGUAGAAAUAUAAAGCUCGUGAUGUUCGUACACGACUGAAAUGUAUAAUUAAAAAACUCGUGGAACCACUAAAAAAUAGAUCUUUUGAGCGGAAAAUAUUUUCUAUCUGAAUACUAUCCAUCUAUAAUGAUAUACAAAAACAGCGCUUAUAUUAUAGAAAUAUAUCGAAUCAUAUUUGAAUAUAAUUAUAACAGAGAGAAAUUAUGAAAUUUAAAGUUAAAUAGAUAAUGAAAUUUGUUUUAAAUUGUAUUAACUUUAAUCUUUUGAAACUCAAAUUUGUUUGCUUUUUAUGAGGAAAGAACAUUGAUAUCACAAUUUUUGUAUAUGACAUAUAUAUAUAUAUAUACAUAUAUAUAUAUAUAUAUACAUAUAAAUUUUAUAAAAAAGAAAUAUCGAUGGAAAAUUUUUUGCGACUAAAAUCAAAAUGAAGUACCAUUAUUUGUUAUUGUGUAAAUAUAUCUGUUUUGUUGUUAUUCGUGUAAUAUGUGUAUAACGAUAGUUAAUAGUACUUUUCUGUCAAAAGAGUAUUAAAAAUAUUAAUGUAAUAAACUGAAAGAUUCUUAUUUAUCUUUCCAUAAUUUAAUAAGAACAAAAUCUUAAAUUGUAAGAAUUCUUUAACAAAAUAGUUUUUAACAUUUCAAAUUAAUUUUCUUUUUUAUAUAUGUAUGUUAAAUAUUAUUAAAUAUCGAUAGAAAUGAUACAAAUAAUGAUACGAUGUGAGAUACAAAUUGUUGUAUUUUGAAUAAUUAAUCAAGGGCUUAAGGUUUAAAACUAAAUAUUGUGACUAUGAUAAAAGAAAUUGCGUAAUUUGGUUCAAUUUAUACAUUGCAGAUAAGACAUUGAUUCAGGAAAUUUCCUCAUAUUUGUUUAAUUUUCAAUAAUGUUCAAAUUUUAUCAAAUUUUGUAACUUUUACGUUAGGUGAAAUUUUUCUACUUUGAUGUUGACCUUAACAGGGAAACAAACUCUAUGAUAUUUCAAUAGAAAGAAUUUAAAUAUGGGAAUAUUUAUGACACGAAUAUCGAUAAUAAUAACUACUAAUAAUAAUUUGUAAAUAUGUAUGUAUGAUAGCUGAAAUAUGUAAGUUUGUUUUAUUGUUAAAGCAUACAUUUUGUUUUUGAAAAUAGUUAACAAUAAUCAGUAGAUAAAACAUUCUUCUAACUUAUGAUAUAGUAUUUUUGUGAUUUAGUCUGUAAAUUUUCUUUCUUUGCUCUAUCUUGUAAUGUUUUAGAAAUUAGAAUGAAUCUUUAUAAUUUGAUGUUUCGAUAUCGUACAAUAUCGAAACAUAUUGAAAUACCAGAAAUUUAUAAUAACGUUUAGUUUCAAUUAGCAAGAUAGUGAAUAACACAUACUUCUAUAUUGUUGUAAGCAAUGUGAUUAUCGACAUAUAUAAAUGUUUAUAUUUGUUAUUAAAAAUUUGGGAAAAGAAAAUCCACAUAUUUUAAGAGUGCAGAAUUUUAUUUUUUAUUGCUUGUAUUGUAAGAUUGUCUAAAAAGCUGUUUAACAUGAUAAAAAUUGAAUAUAGAAAUUAAGAGUAUAAUUGCAACAAAUUUACUUGACUGCAAGGAAUUGUAUACAAUAAAUUUAAAAUAUGUAAUUUGUUAAUGUAGCAUGCAGAUCAAGUUGACAAAAAAACUAAAAUUUGUAAUUCGCAAUAGAAAGUGAUGUAAAUAAAUAAAGAAAAUAUUGUGUGGGUAA